AAAAAAAAAACCAGGAUGUUGAUCUUACAUGUAUGACUUGGAAGCAAUGGAGAGGUUUUGAUCUUACAUGGUCUUUCACCUUCAAAAAUUUGUUGCUAUGUGUUUUUUCAGGUUUUUUAUUUUUUAUUUUUUAUUUUUCUAAAUGCUUGUGCUUCUCCACAUAGUUCUCAGGCCUUGGUUCUAAAACAACCUCUCUAUUUACAUAGAAUUCAUGGCAUCCUUGAAUUCUAUGUAAAUCUCAGGGCUAGAGUUUCACAGCUGGCAAUACACAUGGCUAUUUGGUUUUGGAUCAGUAUCUCCUCUAUAGUAGUCCUUAUCCAUCAAUUAUGUUGAUUAAUGGUGAUUGAAAAACUGGAUGCUGUUAAUUUAGACUGUGUUACCGGUAAGGUGAUAUUUCGUGACAUCUCAUUCAAUCAUGGUGAGGAUAUGCCUCUUGUAUUAAAUGGGUUGGACCUUCAUAUAAAAGCUGGAGAAACAGUUGCUUUUGUUGGGCCCUCAGGAGGAGGAAAGACAAUGCUUAUGAAACUGCUUCUUCGCAUUUAUGAUCCUCUGUGUGGUUGUAUACUAAUACAUAAUCAUAAAAUCCAAAAUAUUUGGUUGGAAAGUUUAAGGAGCCAUGUUGGGCUGGUCUCUCAGGAUACGGGAUUCGAGGCUUGCAGCUGCUGCUUAUGGGGGCCAAUUUUCAUGUAUUUUAGGAGAGGAAACUUAUCGAAGAGUUCACUCCACAAUAAUGCAAAGAAGUUUGAAUUUCAAGCUAAGGUGUCUCGACUUAUAGACAUCAUUAUCAACUCACUUUACAACAAUAAAGAUAUCUUUUUUAGGAAAUAUAUUUGGCAUCGUAGUGACUAUAUUUUUGUAUGGAAGACAUGUUUUGGUAUGAUUCUCUGUUUUGUAUGGAAUAAUAUUAUUAUUUUAGGUUGGAGUAUACUUAAUUUGUAUGAAAUUUGACAUUAAAAGUUAUUUCUUUUUGGAUGGUUGGAAGUGAAAUGGAUGCAAAUUGUGGAAUGAUUGAUAAUAGAUGUAUUGUUUUACUUAUAUAUACGAUAUAGGUUGCAUGUAAUACAUACAUAUUGUGGACAAAUUAAUUAAAAAAUAAAAUAAAAUCAUGUUUUUGGCGACUAAACAAUUAGUAGCCAAAAAUGAAGUAAAUAUUUUUAGUGACUA